GCUUCCUUUGUCCCUAGCCCAGAGUCUUGGGUGGAGAGGUGAGGACACCUAGACAAGAGACAAGAACAUAAUGUCGAACGAAGAGAAAUGACACGAAGCAUCACUAAGUCUCCCAGGCCCUGCCCGCAGGUUCACUCUGAUGACCUGAGUGGACAAUGGAAUGACCUUAAUCUGAGGUUCCAGCCACUUUUCUGCCAAUGCCUGCCUGGCUCCCAUCUGUUCCUUGCACCAUGUUGCUGUGACCACUGUAGAAGGAAUAGGAAGCACCAAGACAAGGCUGCAUCCUGUGCAGGCAGGCUGAGAAGCUCCUUCUGGUUCUCAUGACUCCUAUUCCUUGAAGGGGCUUUCCUACUAAUAACUGACAGUGAUUGACAACCUACUGUAUGCCAGGAGAGAAUUGCCAAAAGCCAUGGGUCCCAGUGCGGGUUCUGCACCCCUGGCAUCGUCAUGAGCAUGUACACACUGCUCCGGAACCAGCCCGAGCCCACCAUGGAGGAGAUCGAGGAUGCCCUGCAAGGGAACCUGUGCCGCUGCACAGGCUACAGACCCAUCCUCCAGGGCUUCCGGACCUUCGCCAGGGAUGGUGGAUGCUGUGGAGGAAAGGGGAACAACACAAACUGCUGCAUGAACCAGAAGAAAGACCACACAGUCACCCUCUCGCCAUCUUUAUUCAACCCAGAGGAGUUCAUGCCCCUGGAUCCCACCCAGGAGCCCAUCUUCCCCCCAGAGUUGCUGGUAGGUGAUGCCCCAGGGAGAGGCCCAAUCAAGUCUCUGUGCCAUGACCCUUUUUAUUUCAGACCCCUGGGAUCUCUGUGUCCUGCUUGUCCUUUAGUUUUCAGCCUGCAUUUCCCUUCUUUCCUCUGACACCCAGAGGUCAAAUCUCUCUGCCAUACACUCCCACGGGGACCCACACUUCUCUCCUUCUCCCACAUGUGACUCUGAGGACAGGGAGUCAAGCUCUCUGGCACAUCAGGUACAGGAACAGUUGCUUCAGAAGUAUCUGCUAACUUCCUGGCUAAAUCUAAUGUAUAAGCCCCUCAAACAACCCAGUAUACUCUCU